ACCAAGGGUUUUGUGGAUAUCAUCGAGUACCAUACCGAAGGCCUCAGUGGCCAUGAUGUGGAAAUCAUCUCCACCGAACGAUUUCUUCCCCACAAGAGAAAGAGUACCAAGAAGCAACAAACGUACAAAGACUACGCCGUUGUCCUUCGUCGAACAUGGAUGCAGCACAAACAGGUUUCCCUCUUGGUUCGAGUCGAGCUGGAAAUCCAGUCCGAGGUCCUCUGUCGAGCAUUCCGGCAGGUUGCCAUUGACUCUUACGAAGACACCGACCUUGAAUCCUUCCCGAUCAAGCUUCGAAGCCCUUUCUCCGAGCUAUUCUUCUAUCGCAAUGAGAUCAAAUCUCUGAUGGAAGAUGAGAAUAACAGCGAGGAGAUCCGUCAAGGUGCUGAGAUCUUGCACGAUUUUAUACUCAAAAACGGGCUUAUGGCGAGCAUCGUCACCGAUCACGAGAAAUACUCUAAAGAAGGUAAGGCUGUUGGAGACAUUCUCUGGACGAUUUAUCCUCCAAACAGCCUUGUGGUUCUCAAUGUUGGAAAGCUCCAAGAGUGUUGGAUUUGCCGCAACGUCUCGAGCAAGCAGGACGAAUACGGAUUCUCCCAGUGGGAGGUGGUUGGGUUCAGGAUAGGAUAUAGCGGCGCCUCCCCUGGACUUACUCGGCAGACUUUCCGGCUUCCUAUUACGGGAAUGCAGGUGUGUAAGAUCUCAGACCUGCCCUUGGUCCCAAUCAAGAACUUCCAGGGCUGGCCCUUGUUAGAAAAGACAUUGCACGCCAGGGCAUCGAGGCUGCAGAAAGUUCUUGGAAAUGACCUGUCGCUAUUCGCGCCGCAGACAUACGCCGAUGUUGGAUGGCCGAUGGAACACUGUCAUUACCAUAUAUCCCUGAACCCUAUGUUGAAUGCGGAUCAGCUUGAUGACCGCGUCGUUGUUGACUACAAAGGGUUUCUCAGCGAACGCAGGAAGGGUGCUGCUGAGCUCGUGGACUUAGAGGGCAAGCUCAAGCAGCCCAAGUCGAGGGCCAAGGCAAGGGGCGUGCUUGCUAACGCUGAGCAUCGCUCCAGGCUCAAGGACUCCCGUUCUUAUGACUCCUCGGAUACCGAUUCUUCGGGAUCCGACUCGGAAUCGGUCGAGUUUGAUUCCGAGGAUGAUGCGAAUAUCAUGGAGUUCAAAACCGCCGGGGAUUCCCAAGAGCCUCAUGACUCGUCUCGGCCCAAAACUAACGACUUAUCCGGGCUAUCUGAGACGGUAAAAGAAAGAUUUAACAUCCCAAAGACGGAUUUCGAUCUCUUGUUUCCAGCCCAAGUCCCUGCAUUUGGCCUCAAAAAGAAGCAGUGGCGUUGGAUACUCAGUGAUCAACUUCAGGAUGUCACCUGGAAUAUGGUCGCUUUUGAGUCUUUGCAGAUAGAGGCAGCGACGAAACAUCUCGUGCAAGCUCUGGUCAAAGGCCACAAGGUCAACUCGACUGCAUUUGACGACGUGGUGUCCGGCAAAGGCCAGGGGUUGGUCUUUCUUUUGCACGGGCACCCUGGAUUGGGCAAGACGCUCACAGCAGGUGGCACUGAAGUGACACGUUUGGAGUUGAGGCUGGAUGAGAUAUUUCGUCUGACGAAGAGAUGGGAAGCUGUCUGUCUCCUCGAUGAAGCCGACGUGCUCCUAUGCAAACGAAGCUCAUCUGAGAUGGACCGGAAUGCUAUCGUUGCAGUGUUUCUCAGAAAGAUGGAAUACUUCCAGGGGGUUUUGUUCCUAACAACCAACCGCAAGCAAGACUUUGACGAGGCAUUCAAGAGUCGGAUUCAUGUCACAAUUUCCUAUGGCGACCUUUCAGAUGACGCCCAGGCACUUAUCUGGGAGCGGCUGAUUGCUACAAACAAAAAUGUGCAGGUGGAUGGUUCCUGGACAGCGGCUGCCUUUGAAGCUCCCAGAAGGCCCAGGUCAAGGCUGCCUUGGAUGAUUUGCAGCGGCUAUUGGAGUGGGAACCUACGCAGCCAAGGGAAGGGAAGGUUAUUGCUGGUUAGAUGGAACACCCCGUGGUGCGAGAAGUCCCACCCUGUACCUAACUAG